UCAAUUGAUUUGGUUUAUUUUCGUCAUUUCAUUCGUUUUGUGAAGUGUAUUAAAAUAUACAGUUGAAGACUUACGAAAUUCUUUGUAUCCUUGAACUUAAUAGAUUGGUUUCAAAUCCAAAUGCAAAAAACGUGUUUGUUUUUAAUUUACGAUAAAACGAUUUCGAUCGAUGAAAAUCCUUUGUAUGAAUUUCGCGCUUUGUUCUUGUAAAAGUUAUUUUUACGCGUUUGCAGCAAAGUCGAGAAUAUGUAGAUGAUAAUAAAUUAAGCGUAGUAUACAAUUUUCCAACUCGAAAUCAAUCGCAGUAAAUGUAAAAGUGAUAAGCAAAAACAAGUUUAAAAUGGCUCACUUUAGUCGUCGCGAUACUACGUAUAGCGCCCUAGACAAUGAAACGUCUCCGCCUUUAGCUCAUUUGGCAGAUUCUACAAAUGCUGCACCUAUGAUGCUAACCCUGGACCAUGAACAUGAAGACGCUACUAAUGUUAUCAUCCAUAAAGUACCAAAAAACAAAGGAGGAUGGACUCAUAUAGAAGAUCUAGACUCUUUCUUCACAAGAAUGUACCAUUACUACAUAAGAGGAGGAUUUUACCCAAUGAUUAUGUCAGAUUUCUUUUACUUAUUACAAUUUGUUUUCAUCAUAUGGUUUUCAACAUUUUUGGUGCACUGUGUCAAAUAUCCUGUACUAUUCAGAAAUGACCCAAAUGCAAACAGGAGUGAAAAACUUAGUUUAAAUGAUGUUAUAUAUUCGUGUUCAGAAUGUGUUGGAUUUAUUUCUUGGCACUGGUGGUGCCUCAUCAUGUUAUGUUCUAUAAUUUGGAUAAUGAGACUAGUCUUAUCAAUAUAUCAUUUAUAUUAUGCAUAUGAUACAAAAUUAUUUUAUAAUAAUGCACUUAAAAUAAAAGAUAGUGACUUAGUAUGGGUAAGCUGGUCAACAGUCCAAGACCGAGUCCGGGAAGCUCAACCCGAACAUCACAUGUGUGUCCACAAACAGGAAAUUAAUGAGUUAGAUAUCUAUCAUCGAAUCUUGAGGUUUAACAACUACAUGGUAGCCAUGGUUAACAAAAGUUUACUGCCACUACAGAUACAUGUGCCCUUUGUGGGUGAUUUCCACUACUUGUCUAAAGGCUUAAAGUGGAAUUUGGAAUUUCUUUUAUUCUCUAGUCCGUGGAGCCCCUGGGAGAACUGCUGGCAGCUGCGGGAGUGCUACAAAGACCAUUCGAAACGGAUGAUACUGGCUCGUCAGCUGGAGAGGCAGAUCUUGUUCCUGGCACUGAUUAAUUUAUUACUGACACCACUUAUACAGGCUUGGCAGAUUCUAUAUUUCUUCUUCAACUAUGCAGAGCUAAUAAAGCGGUCGCCGGGCUCGCUGGGGCUGCGCACUUGGUCGCUGUACGCGCGGGUGACGCUGCGGCACUUCAACGAGCUGGAACACGAGCUGCGCGACCGGCUCAACCGCGCGCACAAGCCCGCCACCAAGUACCUGGCCAGCUUCUCCUCGCCCAUCACCACGGUUAUCGCCAAGAAUGUGAUGUUCUUCUCGGCGAGCGUGCUGGGCGUGCUGGUGAUGCUGUCGGUGUACGACGAGGACGUGCUGACGGUGGAGCACGUGCUGACCAUCAUCACCAUCCUGGGCUGCGUGCUGGCCGGGGCCAGGGCGUUGAUCGGGGAGGAGGAGCGAUUGUCAGGCGCUUGCGCGGGCCCGGCGCGCGGCGAGGAGUUGUUCGUGCAGGUGCUGGGGCACGUGCACUACCUGCCCGCGGCGUGGCGCGGCCGCGCGCACACCAAGGACGUGGCCGCGCACUUCCAGCAACUGUUCCAGUUCCGCGCGGUGUACAUCCUGUUUGAGGUGUUGAGCCCGCUGCUCAGCCCACUCGUGCUGUACCGGCUGCGCUCGCGCGCACUCGACAUCGUCGACUUCUAUCGCAACUUCACUGUCAGCGUCCUGGGCAUCGGCGACGUGUGCUCCUUCGCACAGUUGGACAUCCGGCGCCACGGACACCCCGAUUGGCAGGCCCCUGGCAAACAUGCUGAAAAAGCGAAAGGCAACACGCAGUACAACCAAGGCGAGGGCGGCAAGACCGAGCUGUCACUUGUGGCGUUCUCGUGCCGGCACCCCGGCUGGCAGCCCGCGGAGCCCGCGCAGCGCCAGUUCCUGCGCUCGCUGCGCCAGAGCAUGCACCACGCCGUGCCCGCCAACAACGCGCUGAACAAAACGAUGCUCGGGUCGUAUAUACAGCAGAGCAUAUUUGGCACGAACACUCCCUUGCCUGCCGUGCUCUCCUACUACCAGCAGCGGCAGCCAUAUAGAUUACCUGACAUGGACGAGACCAGCGACGAGGAGGAGGACGGGCCGGGGUCGGCGGUGAACAGCGAGCGCGUCAGCUCGCGCUCGUUCGGCCUCGCGGGCGCCAGCAGCGGCCUCGGCGCCAGCGCGCUCGGCCUCGUGCCCGCCGACGCGCCCGCCGACGAGACGCGCGACAUGUCCGUCAGCACGCUGCACCUUUACGAUCUGCACAUCUCGCACGCAUCGCCGUCGGUGGCCGCGUGUUGCGUGAACAACUGCUCGGACCGGCAGGGCCGCUGGGAGCAGGGCGAGCACACGCCGCUGCUGCACCACCCAUAACGCCGGUCGCCGCCGCUGCCCCGCCCCGCCCCGGUCUGGGUAUAGACAGGGUUCCCUACCGUACUUCGACCAGGGACCGGCGCUCACUCUUCCUAGCUAAUGAAUAAUAAUGAAACUUGAAAUCAUAUUUCAUUGACGAUGCAAAACGCAUUGACGAUUGUUUCAUUAUUAAUCAUCACCAAUAAAAAAUAUAAUCGUGCUGCGCCGUCAGUGAGCACCCUUCCGUAAGACUCGUAUGUGAACGUCUGCCGUCGUUAACUAUUCAGGACUUUAGAAACCGUGUAAAUAUAUACAUUUAAUUAGGUAUAUUAUUAUAUAAUUGUAUAAAAAACGAAACAUAAGUACCUUGCGAUUUAGAUGCAAGAAAAUAAUUUUAGUAACGUUAUACGUUACAUAAGUAAAUUUGAGGCGGCCGGCUAAUACAUUGUUUCUUGAUUAUUUAAUUUAUGAAAAACUGCUCCACAAUCGAAGUGGCAAAUUUUGGUUUUUCGCAAUAUCUUUUUUGUAUAUGUAUUCCACCAUACCUCCAUUUUCGCCGUUAAGCUUAUACUAAUCUAGAUAUGAAUGACCUAUACAAUUAAGCAAGGCUUCUAAUUGACCAAAUUAUCUAUAAAUUCUAUGAACUUUUUUGGUUGUCUAAUAGGGACUUGAAAUAUUCGACAGUUGUUAUUAUAAUACCAAAAUAUAAUUAUAAAUGUCAGUCUAGUAUGUUAUGAUACAAUAAUAAUUAUUAUUUUAUGAAUGACCUUUUUAACACUCGUACCAGAGGAACCAAAAUCAAUAACAUUGUAAAAAGAUAUAAUUCUAAUACAAUUAUUUUAUUUACUUUAUUUUAUUGUCUUGUGUUCCGAAACACAUUCAAGUCUUCUCAAAAUUCAUUGAUAUUGAUAAAAUACAAAAACUUAGAGUAAUAUUACUUUACUUACUUGUUUAACCAUUUAAUUUAAUUUUUCAGCACAGAACUGUGAUUAUUGCCGUUUCAGUCCAUUAGUAAGGGUGACAGAGGUUGCGAUAGUUGUAUUUUGGCUUCACUUUUUAAGGGAAUAAAUAGCUCCAUGAAACUACAUUUGAGGCUUUAUUAUUCUUGUAAUAAUAUUAUAUUAGGAAUCGGGGCUAUCGUGUAAACAGUUCCGCUCUUAAUCAUGCCUUUAGGGUUAAACAAGUAACUUCAUAAUACUUUUAAUGAUUUCAAACACAAAUAAAUAAUUCAUCUUUGACAUUAAGUAACCGUGAGUGGAGUCUACGACAUAAGACAAAAUUAACUAAGGUAAUUGGUUACCUUUUUUGAACAUUUAAAAUGGUGUUACGUUUUUAAUACUAAAAUGUGAUAAUAACAUCAUUUUAUACACCUAGACGCUUCGUACGGGUAAAUACAAUACAUUCAACUUUUAUUUACAAUAUAAUUAAAAAAUUAUACUUUACAUUAAUCAAAAAGCAAGGAAAACCUUCAAUCACGUUACUAGUUAUAGUUAUAUUUUUUAUUAUUAUUAUUACUUAGUAACCCUUAUAACUAAGUUUUGUAGGCAGGAGCAGAGCCACCUAACGCUAAGUUUUCACGGUCCCAUAAUACAUUCUCUCUGCCAAGUCGGAGCAAACUUAGCGUGGACGGCCUCACACACAAUACUGUGUCCUAUUUAGAAAACUUAAACCAUUAAGUAAUAAAUUCACUUGUUUGUAUUUUGAUUUUCAACAGAGAUUUUAAAGACAUUUAACGACAAUAAUAUAAAAAAGUAUAUUAUUUUUUAUGAAAUAAUAAACUUGACAAAUGAAUUUCAUUAUCUGAAUUUAUUUGAAUAAAGAGUUUUUAAAUUUACUGGAAGGUUAUCAUAGCAUCUUGAACUUAUAUAAGUAUUUGAUAAAUAAUAGAAUCAAAUGUUAAAAAAGUGUAUAUAAAUGAACUAUGAAUAUGAAUAAGAGUCGUCAUUCAGGGUUUUUCAACGCAAAAGAACAAGACAGGCAAAGGUAGGGAUAGCAAAUAAAAGUUCUUGCAGUCACUGGUCUAUUAAUCGAAUUGGAUUAGUUAUCACCACCAUACAUAACAUAGGAACUUAUUAUGCCUGUGAAGUCUGUGCCAUCGAUAGAAGGGUGCCGGCAGAGGAAAUUAAAAUGGAAGCUACCCCACUGAUUCACACUUAGCUGUUACUAUAAUAUUGCUUUCGACAUAAUAAUAUAAAUUACAUUAGCCAUUAUUAUAGUCGGUUGAAUAGUGUUGGCUUCAGAUCCGCCAUAACGUAUACCAUUCUUUACAUAUUUGCAAGAUUUGAUUGGUUUCGGGCCAGUCGCACCAACCGCACAAACGGCGCACUGAUCAACGUCAAUCAGCGGUGAUCUAUGACACUUCCCAUAUAACUCAUUUCAACGUUCGUUUUAACAGUGACAGAUGGUAGGAAUGUGCAACCAACCCUUAAUAAUACAUAUGUUAACGGGAUAGGGGACAUAAGAACAUUUUUGCAACCUGGAGUAGACCUUCACUCUUACUUAAUUUUAUCAGGAUGGAUGCUGAUAAUUUAAAGUAGGUACUUAAAUAUACCAAAUUCUUUUGUCGAUCUAAUUCACAUUUCUAAUUUUAACGAAAUGUGCCAAUAACGGAAUGGUUGCUGCAAUGCAAUUAUAUUUCAAGGAAUUGAUAUUCAUCUACGUUUUUCACUCAUUAUCACUUUAUUAGAAUACUCAAUUCAUUAAUUUUAAUAAUCAAUUAUCGAUUUAGUACAUACGAUUAAAUAGACGUUCAGCGUUGCCAAUGCCUCAUGAUAUCUGUUACUAUGGAGACAGCAACAAUCUUUAGCUGGGUACUAAUAAAAUAAACCUAUUCUCGUCACAAUUUACAAAUGGCCAGUUAACUGUGUUGAUCAUUUUACCGACAUGUAAUAAUUACUUUAGAUGGCAUCAGACCGUUUAGUAUGAGAUGCGUUCUCGCGCGCGAGUCCAUACUUAAAGGCGCGCAAGAUGUAUGGAGACGCGCGCGAGAACGCAACUCCUGCUAACAUACCGUCUAGUAUGAGUUGCGUUCACGCGCGCGAGUCCAUACUAGAAGUCGCGCAAGAUGUAUGGAGUCAGAACGCAACUCAUGUUAGCAGGUCAGGUAAGCUAACUAAAUCAUAGUUUGUGUAACCGGGCAAUGGCAUACGCGAGGAACUUUAUAAGUUAUAAAUUAUAACAUUAUGUUUACACUUAUCAUUUAUAGAAUAGACGUAGCAGUGCAAUAAUUAAUCUAAGCAAUCAAUUUUAUACAAUGAUUCAGUGUUUGUGUAGUAUCAAUGUUUCGAUCUUCCUAAACGGCGGCAUGUCAUGGCCGCCCUCAAGAGCGAUCGUUAUCUCUGACAUUCUCACUGUUGAGUGAUUCAUGCCAUGCCGCUCUUUCGCCGAACUUUAUACUCGAUUUACUGUGGCACCGUGUUAUGAGUGAGAGCUUGACUUUGUUUUUAAAACACAUCAACCUUAGUUUUUCUUAAGGUGCAGAUUCAGCAUGAUAAUUUGCGCAAAAAAUAUUCAUUAGAGAUAGUGCUCCAUUUGAAACGUCACCUUGUAAUUUAUACGAAUAAAUCACGAGUAUCUUGACUCAUGACUUUAUUUUGCCGAAAUAGUGUAGUGCCUCAAAUUGCCUACUGUAAAGUGAGAACUAAAUUUUAAUGUGCCCUUGAUGUUGCAAGUAUGUGAUCUGUCCUAGGUAUGAAUUAAGUAAAUCCAGUAAGUACCUACAUUUGAGCCUCAUUAAAAUUUCCAUAUUAAUAUGAAUGUAUUUAUAAUAUUUAACGUUUCAUUUAUUGUUUUAAGAUUACGGAAUAAAAUUAAGUAACUGUAUGACGCUCGGGUCAUAUCCUGAAGGAUGAGCUUUCUGGUGUUAUCAAAACCUAAAACGAUUCCGAAAUACUUUGAGAAAAGGCAGGCACUGCCCUUUAUCUUGUUAGGUACGAUCUGUUACGGAUUUUACCGUCAUAGCGACCGUUGUUGUUCGCACGGCACGAUUGUGUUCGCCUUUAGGCACCGUGUACGAAUAAAACAGGACGUUUGUCCGACCGGUAUGGACACUUUGACAGUCGUUAUCAGAUUUAUCGGAUCGGCCACGGUGCUCACAAAGACUUAAUCUAAGGUUCACAUAUUUUUGAACACUUGACUGUUUCGAUAAAUCUGAAGCCGACUGUACAAAGCCUGGUCAAUAAAUGCGGCAACCCAAAUUGUAUAAUUGUGUAUUUUAGUUAUUUUUAAUAACUAAUUGAUUUUUUAUAUUUCUGACGUUACACAUG